AUGGCUCCAAAGAAGAAAAAGAAGCCCACGGCGAACCCUGCUCGAGGGUUUGCCACGACUUCUGUACCUUCAAAGUCCAAGACUGUUGACCAGCCCGAUGAGGCUCUGGGAGAUGCCAGUGCGGCUGGCACGGGUACAGAUACUGGGGCUAAAAUCACAGCACCUGGCAAGGACAAGGUCGUGACUUCGAAAGAUGGCGAACACGCUGAACAAGGUCUAAAGAUUCAAGAUAUGACUGCCGACGAGUUUGAAGCUCAUCUGGAAGACUCUGAGCUGGAAGCACUGCUCGCCAAGUAUGCUACACGAUGCGUUGCCGAUGCUCGACGUCAGAUAGCCAGGCUAGAAACCGAACGGCGUCAAUUACGUCCGCAGUCGCAGAAAUUAUCAACAUAUACCUGGCUGCCGGAAGAGACUAUUGAGAAUCUCAUUGAUAUGGACGCUCGUGAUACGAGCCGUGGGCCGUCAACACCCAGGAGUGUUGAGACUGCUGUCGAUGAGGAGAAGCUUUUGCUCGACCUGUGGACUCUGGAGAGGGUCCUGGUGUCAUUGAAAUUCCCAAGAGUCUCUGAAGCACUUGCCCAUAUCACUGAACUUGCCCUGCUGAGACAGCUGAAAUCGGCCACCGAUUCCCUGCCUGGUCUGCCCGAGGCGUUGCAAUGGUAUGCCUGCAAAAUGCCAGAGGGCGAACUCAUAAACUAUGAACAAACCACAGGCACAAUGACUGGAGUGAGCGGUAAUAGCACCCCUCUCCAGGUGACAUCUGAACCGCCGACCGCAAAUCAAAGUAGACAAAGCCCAGCAUCUACACCCGCACAGGUUUCCGAAGCGGAAGACUCAUCGUCGAGCCUGGUCAGCUCGGAAUCCGAGGAAGACAACGAUCCCGCGAAGCUAACGGAGAAAGCUAUUCGAAUUCAACGUUUGCUUUGGACGGCCCAGAAUGAUGAUGCCAGCGAUUCCAAAAAGUCCGGGACAACGAAGGAAAAGCGAAUCGCGAAAUUACACCGCAAAUUAGAACAGCUGCAUCGUGAUCCGCUUUUUGAUAAACAGGAGGCACAAACUGCGUGGGACACGGUCUUAGCUGAACUCCUGAUAACACGUCAAGAGCUCAUGCGAACUGCGGCUAGAAAACGGCGGGAGGAAAAGCAAGCCACCGCUCAGGACAACAUUGACGAUGACACGACGAACAAAGAGUCCGUUGCGGAGUACGAUGUUCUAGCUGCUGCCGAAGAUGAAGAUGCCCUUCUGGGUGGCAUGUUCGGCGAAUCUGAAGACACCAUUGUCUCUGAACAAAACCAGCCAGCAUCCAAAGACCCCAUAAGACUCCUAGAGUUCGGCAAAUGGUCGGGUCUUUCACCAAAAAGACUACUGGAUGAAGUCUGCAGAGGACGUGAUUCGAGGUGUCGAAUACAAAUCAAAACUUUGCAGCGAACCUCGUACUCUGCACGUCACAAACUGGAAAUAUAUUGGACAGCGGAUACCCUGGCCGAGGCUCACACGAUCACAGCAUUGCCGUCCGAAGUCUCUGCUCAAGUUGAUGAGCGUCUUUGGGCAUUGGAGAUGACUCGGGUCGCUGCCGCGGAUACUACCCAAUCAGAGGCUUAUAUCUGUACCAUCGGCCUGUUCCUGGUGUCAACACUAGGUGCGAGCGAGCAUAAGUCAGUGGGCCGUCUGCCGACCGUCUGGAGAGAUGUGGUGAAAGACUUGGGCGAUGCCAAAGAAGCGAUUGUCAAUGAAGAACGAAAGGGAGCAUUGCAGAGGUUGAGAGCCUUAAUCUCUGAAACACAGAACGAGCUGAGGCGACAACAAGCCACGCCACCGAGUCAAGAUCCAUCCGAAUCUCUCAGCACUGCUGGUGCUCACCGCCGAACACGAGCGCCUUUUACUGUGAGUUGGAGCCCCGAACAGGUCUCCAAGGAAUGGAAUAGCAGAGUUUCUCGUGCGUCCUUUCAGGAAAUGCUCCAAGUCCGUCAACAGCUUCCUGUUCACCACUACAAAGACCGAAUUCUCUCUUGCAUUGCCGAAAAUCCUGUGAGCGUUAUUUGCGCAGAGACGGGAGCGGGCAAAUCGUCUGGCAUUCCGGUACUGCUUUUGGAGCAAGCGUUCUGCAGCGCCCAAGACUAUCGGAUUCUCGUCACGCAGCCAAGGAGGAUCUCGGCUAUCUCUCUUGCCAGACGUGUCUCUCAGGAAUUGGGAGAGAGCCGGAAUGACAUUGGAACGAACCGAUCGCUCGUCGGCUACGCAAUUCGGUUAGAGAGCAAGACUAGCAGUACCACUCGCAUCACCUAUGCGACUACUGGCGUCCUUCUGAGAAUGUUGGAAGACUCUCCAGACCUUAAUGAGCUGGACUGCCUCAUCCUCGACGAAGUUCAUGAACGUACGAUGGAUUUGGACUUGCUGUUCAUCGCGUUGCAGAAGUUGCAGAAGCGCCGCAGGACCUUGAAGAUCGUCCUCAUGUCGGCCACGGUGGAAGCGAAAAAGUUCUCGGACUACUUUGGCGGCGCUCCGGUCUUGGAUUUGCCUGGAAGGACGUUUCCAGUUGAAGUCGGGUUUCUGGAGGACGCGGUCGAAGCCACGAAUGACAUGACUGGCGUGAAAGAAAAGGACCUGACGAUCCAGGAGGAGGAGCAAGACUUGAAUGAAGCCUUCGUGAGCAAUAAGGGGCGGCCCGUUAUUGCUGAGCCAGAGAAAUACAGUAACAAGACCCAACAGACCAUCUCCAAUAUGGACGAAUAUCACAUCGACUACGGCCUCAUCGCAAAACUCGCCGCUUGCAUCGCCAGCAAACCACGUUACGCGAAAUACAGUACCGCAAUACUCAUCUUCAUGCCGGGCAUAGGCGAGAUGCGGCGUUUGCACAACCUCCUCCUCUCGAUGGACACCUUCGGCAGAGGCUGGAUCGUGCAUCUUUUACACUCGACCUUCUCGACCGAAGAGCUCGAACGAGCGUUCGAACGCCCGCCAACGGGACAAAGAAAGAUCGUGAUCGCGACCAACAUUGCCGAGACUGGGAUAACCAUUCCAGACGUGACGGCCGUGAUCGACACAUGCAAGGAGAAAAUCAUGCGCUUCGACGAACGCCGCCAGCUCUCGCGGCUGACAGAGGGAUUCAUUUCUCGGUCUUCUGCGCGCCAGCGGAGAGGUCGCGCCGCGCGUGUCCAGGAGGGCCUCUGCUUCCACCUCGUCACCAAGCAUCGUUACGACAACCUGAUGCUGGAACAGCAAGUCCCCGAAAUGCUGCGGCUGAGUCUGCAGGACCCGAUUCUGCGAAUCAAGGUGUGGAACCUCGGGUCGAUCGAAGAGACUCUCAACGCCGCCAUCGAGCCGCCUUUGAGGAAGAACGUGCUCAGGGCGAUUGACAAGUUGAAGGACGCCGGCGCAUUGGCAAAGAACGAGGCGCUCACGCCGCUGGGCCAGCAGAUUGCGAGAUUGCCCUUGGAGGUGUUAUUGGCGAAGCUGGCGAUUAUGGGAGUCAUUUUCCAAUGUCUGGAUCCCAUAUUGGCCAUCAUAUCUCUUCUGACCUCCAAGUCACCGUUUCUGUCGGCCCCAACAUCCGGGUCGCAGACCGAUGCAAGACGCACGUUCAGUAGAGGAGACUCGGACCUGCUCUCCUCCCUGAACGCGUACGAAAGCUGGAAGAAGGCGAAAGCGGCGCGAUCGGCGCAGGAGUUCUGCCGCAAGAACCACAUCAGCGACCAGACGAUGGUGCAAGUCGAGGCGCAAAAGAUCCAGUUGCUCGUCUACCUCGUUGACGCGGGGCUGGUGAAGCUAGAGCCGGAGGAACGAGCAGCUCUGAACCGCGCCCGAACGUAUUCUUCUUCUUCUGGACGUGGCGGCGGCGGCGGCGGCGGCGGCGGUCUUGGGUCGCACUCUGUCAUCAUCCCUCCACGCUACAACCUGCCAGUGAUACCCGACCGUGCCCUCAACGCCAUCGUCGCCAUGGCGCUGUACCCCCGAGUCCUCAUGCGCGAGGGCAAAGGCUGGCGGAACGUCUACACGAACCAGAUGGUCUCGCUGACCUCGCGCUCCGUCAAUCACCCGUCGUCAUCAUCCUCCUCGUCCAAACCACCCCGCUGGCUCUCCUUCUACGAAGCCAUGCAGAACCCGCGCAGCGGCUCGCUCAACGUCUUUGAAACGUCCGCGAUCCCCGAGUCGGCGCUUGCCAUCCUCAUAGGCGCGGAAGCCGAGUUUAAAUUCUUCGCUGGCGUCUUGGUAUUGGACAGUGGGAAGAUCAGGCUCUCCGUCCGUCGCUGGAGGGAGUUGAUGGCGGUCAAGAUCCUGAGGGAGAGGGUGUUGGCGACCCUGGAGAGGUCUUAUCAGAAGCCCGGUGAGGUGGGCGAGGAGGGCAGGGCGUGGUUGGAUAUGUGGUUGAAGAUUGAGGCGGCUCAGGAAGCGUAG